UAUAAAAGUGCAUGGAGUUCAAGCUGGCAGCUAUUAUAAACUAGGCCCGGAAAAAGAAGAAAUUCACUGAUCGCGAUUGACCAGAUAAGUGGAAAAUGAGAAUGAAAGCCACUAUUGCUGCUCUAACCCUCCUGGCCGUCAUGGUUCUCCUAAUUGAGGGCAAACCCUUGUCUAUCAAGGAGAAGGGCCGAGGUGUGCAGAGACGUUUGGAGAAGCUCAAGGAGAAACUUACCAGCAAACAGUGUGAGCAAGUGUGCCCACCAAUGCCUGGUAACAGCACGUCAAAUCUGGAGUGUGCUCGCUGCAUUGUCACAGGAUCUCUUCAACUCUCUGACUUCCUAUCAGCUGUCGCACUAGCUCGCUCUGACAAGAAUUGCUCAAGCAGGAUGAAGGUGACAAAUUUAAGUGAGAGCAAACGAUCUGCGAGCGAACAGAGUGAAAAUGACAGCACUGAGUCAGACUCUACUGAUGAGUCAUCCAGUUCCAGUUCCAGUGAAGAAUCUGAGAGCACUGCCGAAUCUGAUAGCGAGUCCGAAGCAAGUGAGAGUGACUCAACUUCUGAUGCCUCAACUGCCGAAUCUGAGAGCGAGUCCGAAGCAAGUGAGAGUGACUCAACUUCUGAUGCCUCAACUGCCGAAUCUGAUAGCGAGUCCGAAGCAAGUGAGAGUGACUCAACUUCUGAUGCCUCAACUGCCGAAUCUGAUAGCGAGUCCGAAGCAAGUGAGAGUGACUCAACUUCUGAUGCCUCAACUGCCGAAUCUGAGAGCGAGUCCGAAGCAAGUGAGAGUGACUCAACUUCUGAUGCCUCAACUGCUGAAUCUGAUAGCGAGUCCGAAGCAAGUGAGAGUGACUCAACUUCUGAUGCCUCAACUGCUGUAGAGAAAAGGCAAGCAGAGGAAGAGGAUGAUGAUAAUCUCGUCAAAAUAUUUGCUGCUCUGAUUGGAGAUUGUCAUGACAAGUGUGGCAACCUCAGUCGAGGGUGUGGAAAGCCUGUGCUGCCUUGUCUGAAGUGCAUCAUCAAAGAGUCUGACACGGAUGAAACUCUGUAGUGGCACUUAAUUUCUGCCUAACUAACUCAGUAGUUAUAAUGAACAGUUCUCUAAUCAUAAUAGAUAAAUUUGCCACAAUUUCAGCCA